AUGUCGCGUUUUAGACUCGUGUUUGGCAAGGCUUAUUGGGCAGUCAGAGAGAUGUGCCAUCUUCCGGUUGGAAUAGAGCACAAGGCUUAUUGGACAGUCAGAGAGAUGAACAUGAAACCUCAGGCCUGUGAAGAGGAAAGGAAGCUGCAACUACAAGAGCUGGAGGAAUUAAGACUCGAAUCCUAUGAUGCUGCAAUGUGGUACAAGGAAAAAACCAAGUUGUGGCACGAUAAAAACCUCCAGGUGAAGGAACUACAAGUUGGACAGAAGGUGCUCCUUUUCCAGUCAAGGCUGAAGUUGAUGCCCGGGAAACUGAAGUCUAAGUGGAACGGACCCUACACUGUUGUGAGCCUUAGAGCUAAUGGAUUCGUGGAAAUUCAGGGAUGUACUCCUAACUCUAUCCCUUUUCUCGUUAAUGGUCAUAAAGUCAAGCGAUUCAGGGAUAGUUCGGAGCAGUGUGUGGUGGAAGAAGUUCCACUGCGCAUGCUCCCCACUAUCACCUAA